AGCCGACCAGUCGGAGCGUGUGCGCCGCCCGCGGUCCGGUCACGUCCCGCGCGGGCGCCACCGCCCGCGUUGUGCGGAACGAGGGCGCCGCGGCCCCGCGCUCGCCGCCCCGCCCCACCCGGAGCAGCUCCGCAGAUGCACUGUGCUCUCGAGGUGAAGGGCCGGAUGCACGGCUGGGAGCCCGAGGCAGGGGGGCCACAGGGAGCGCAGGGCCCUCCAGCCGUGCUUAGCAGCAUCGCCACAGCAACCAGCAACCAGACGGCAGCAGCCUAGGCAGACGCAAGCGAACGGCUUCCCACCGUGACCGAAGACAGGGAAUGACUACGGCAAAUCAGGCCACGCAGCUGACAAGGGAGGUGGAGUGUCACUAGAGGGGAAGGUGCAGCCACCGCCCCACUGCAUGAAGCGCCAUGCCAGCUAGAGAAGAGGCACUGGGGCAGGGGCUGCAGGGCGGCAUGGCCUUGCCCCACAGCCAGCACUAAGUGCUCCCAGGACAGCUGACUCUUGUCUGCUGGGCGCAGCGGCCCACAUUUCAGCAUCCUUCACUGAGGCCAUCCCUGCUCAGUGGUGAGAGGGAGAGGCACCCACCUGUGCUCUACAUCUGAGCCUGCCGCUGCCGGACCAUGGGAUGUCGGCAAAGCUCAGAGGAGAAAGAGGCCGCUCGGAGGUCCCGGAGAAUCGACCGCCACCUGCGCUCAGAGAGCCAGCGGCAGCGCCGUGAGAUCAAGCUGCUCCUGCUGGGCACCAGCAACUCAGGCAAGAGCACCAUUGUCAAGCAAAUGAAGAUCAUCCACAGUGGCGGCUUCAACCUGGAGGCCUGCAAGGAGUAUAAGCCCCUCAUCAUCUACAACGCCAUCGACUCGCUGACUCGCAUCAUCCGGGCCCUGGCUGCCCUCAAGAUCGACUUCCACAACCCUGACCGUGCUUAUGAUGCCGUGCAGCUCUUUGCGUUGACGGGGCCAGCUGAGAGCAAGGGUGAGAUCACACCCGAGCUACUGGGUGUCAUGCGGCGGCUGUGGGCCGAUCCCGGGGCACAGGCCUGCUUUGGCCGCUCCAGUGAGUACCACCUAGAGGAUAACGCAGCCUAUUAUUUAAAUGACCUUGAGCGCAUCGCAGCACCUGACUACAUCCCUACUGUUGAAGAUAUUUUGCGCUCUCGGGACAUGACCACAGGUAUUGUGGAGAAUAAGUUCACCUUCAAGGAGCUCACCUUCAAGAUGGUGGAUGUGGGUGGGCAGAGGUCAGAGCGCAAAAAGUGGAUCCACUGCUUCGAGGGUGUCACAGCCAUCAUCUUCUGUGUGGAGCUUAGUGGCUACGACUUGAAGCUCUACGAGGAUAACCAGACGAGUCGAAUGGCAGAGAGCCUGCGCCUUUUUGACUCUAUCUGCAACAACAACUGGUUCAUCAACACCUCACUCAUCCUCUUCCUGAACAAGAAGGACCUGCUGGCAGAGAAGAUCCGGCGCAUCCCGCUCACCGUCUGCUUCUCUGAGUACAAGGGCCAGAACACAUACGAGGAGGCUGCUGUCUACAUCCAGCGGCAGUUUGAGGACCUGAAUCGCAACAAGGAGACCAAGGAAAUUUACUCCCACUUCACCUGCGCCACCGACACCAGUAAUAUCCAGUUUGUCUUUGAUGCAGUGACAGACGUCAUUAUACAGAACAAUCUCAAGUACAUUGGCCUUUGCUGAGGAGUUGGGCCCAGCCCACUUGCCUGUGGCGAAACCUAUGGGGUAUCACACCCCACCUCGUGCUAGAGAGGCCUGACCUGGGGGCAAAAAAUGGGGGACCUGAAGGGUAUCCCCCGGCCCUUGGCCUCCACCUCCUAGGCCCCACAUUUCUGCAAACAUAAAUAUAUAUGGAUAGAUUGCUAGGUAGGUAGACACACACACACACACACAAACACAAGCACGCAAACACAUCUGGAGAUGGCAAAGUCCUCCAAAGUAUUGUCCAGGUCUCUUGAUACUGGAGGCAAUGCUGUCACAAGUUCACUUCAAGGCCACCCUGCCUCUUCACUCUGCCUUCCAAGUUGGCUCCACUCUGCAUGGGGGUCCACAACGGAUUGCUGCGGAGAGGCAGCAGGGCUAGGGCCAAGUCAGGCCGGCUGUGCCCCUGUCACCUGGAGGAAGGCCAACUUACCACCCAAGCUCUGCACUGGGGGCGUUGCCACUGACUAGGAGUGAGAGCCAGAGCAGGGACCAUGCACCUUCCCUGCUGGCCGCACCCUACACGCAGUCGCACUGUACCACGUUUGCCCUGGACCUGGACCUGAGGAGCCAGGUGACGGCACUAACCAGACCUCUAGCCACUCAGCUCUUUAUAAACAGCUUCAAAAUAUGCAGCAAAAAUCACAAUAAAAUGAGUGGCACGAUAUAUUUCAAACUAGGCCAGCUGGGUUUCCAGCUUUUCUUCUACUGGCCUGAUAUUUUAUAAAUUCAAACUUUGUUUUUCUUCUCUAAUAUCUUUUUUUUUUUUUGCCAAAUCUUGUGGUGUUUCGCAGGAAAAAAAUACAGAAAAUUUCAAAUGCAGUUGAGUAUUCUUUUUUAAAUGCAGAUUUUUCAAAACUUAUUUUUUUUCAGGUGGUCUUUUUCGUGUCUGGCUUGCUGAGUGUAAAAGUUGUUAUCUGGACGAUUCUGUCCCUCUGCUCCAAAGAAUUCUGGGGCAAAUGGCAGUCCUGCGGCAGCCUCGCAGGACACAUGUUGUACAUAAGCCUCUGCAGUGUCCUGUUAUUGGUGCGGUUUUCUGCUUUGUUUUUAUUUGAGAAAAAUAAAUGUGAUGUAUUAAAGAAGGUUCUUCACCUAGGAGCGAAUGAACAAUA